GCGCAAGCGCGUGGAGAGGCUUGAGUGGUGGUAGGCGCUGCUGCAGAAGCGAGGAAGAGCGGAAACAUGGCGGUGCAGAAGGCGGUUUGCGUCAUGGUCGCCGACCCCGCCGCGGAGGGCCGAGUUAAAGGCGUCAUUCACUUCGAGCAGAAGGAUAAGGAAGUAUUUGUUACAGGGCGUAUUGAAGGAUUGACUCCAGGGAAACAUGGGUUCCAUGUCCAUGAAUUUGGAGACAAUACAAAUGGAUGUACCAGUGCAGGGGCUCAUUUCAAUCCCGAGGGGAAAAAACAUGGUGGACCAGAUAAAAAGGAGAGGCAUGUUGGUGAUCUUGGAAAUGUCACUGCAAAUGCGGAAGGUGUGGCAGAUGUGUCAAUAAAGGACUCUGUUAUUUCCCUCUCAGGAGCACAUUCAGUUAUUGGCCGCACAAUGGUGGUCCAUGCAAAAGAAGAUGAUCUGGGGGAAGGUGGGAAUGAAGAGAGCUUGAAGACUGGAAAUGCUGGUGCGCGGCUAGCCUGUGGUGUGAUUGGACUAGCUAAGGCUUAAAUGUUCAAGAUUGGCAUUGUGUACUAAAAGCAAAUGUAUCUGUGUAGCAGUUGAUGAUCUGGUUUUGUUUAGUGUAAAGAGCAACUGUUUGAUCUUAUGGUUGCUAAAUGGAAGGCUGACAAGUUGUAUUUUGUACUCCUGUAAUUAAAAGAGCCUGUGAAACAAAA